AUGCUAUCAAUUAUUCAAGAGCUAUAUGAAGAUAAUAUUGCAUAUAUAAAAAUCGGUAAAAAGUUAUCAAAGCCAAUUGUUACAUCGAAAGGGCUACGUCAGGGGUGCAGCCUGUCGCCUCUGUUAUUUAAUCUGUACAUCGAGGUGGUGUUGACUAGAUGGAGGAGGAGCUGUGGAGAGAUGUGCAUACCCGUGGGAGACCAUAAAAUAUUCACGCUGAGUUUCCCGGAUGAUCAGGUCAUAUUGGCGCAGGAUUCAUUUGAUAUCGAGUAUAUGAUGAGAAAAUUACGAACGGAAUACGAUCAGUGGGGCCUGAGUGUAAGUCUGAAAAAGACUGAGUAUUUGGUUGUAAACAGCGAGGCAAAUUUUGAGGUACUCGUGGAUGAGGACACGACGAUAAAACAAGUGGAGAAGUUUAAAUAUUUGGGCGCAAUUGUGGACAAGGAUGGUAUUGGUGGAGCAGAAAUAAAGCACAGAAUACAGGAGAGCAAAAAGAUCAUUGGCUGUCUUAACUCCUUGUGGUGGGACAGGAAUAUCUCCAAUCAUACGAAAAAACGCAUUGGAAAAACGAUGGUUGAGUCAACUGUGUGUUACGGUAGCGAAAUAUGGACUAUUAACGCAGAUCUAAAACGCAGAUUGAAUGCAGUCGAAAUGGACUACCUGCGGCGGAGUGCAAGAGUAUCAAGGCUGCAACAUGUGACUAAUGAGGCCAUUAGGGAUCGGUUACAUGCCAGAGAAACUGUGUUGGAUCGUAUCGAAAUAAAAGGUCUGAGGUGGUUUGGUCUCUUAAUUAGAAUGCCUGAACAGCGAUGGCCUAAGCGGAUAUUUGAAUGGGUCCCGCCAGGGCGGAGGAAGCGAGAAAGGCCGAGGCGCUCUUGGAACGAGGGAAUACGCCAGUCUAUGGAGCAGAGACAGCUGAAUGUGGAAAUGGCACAGGAUCGAGAGGCUUGGAGAAGAGGACUGGGUAGACGGCAUUAG